GAAAAUUUUGACGGGAGAUUUUUUCCGCGAACACGAGGGUUGAUCGAUCGAUCGUGGACGCAAUCGAGGCGACGCUACUGCCGGCCACGACUACUGCCACGAUGGCCGAGGAGGCUGACACAAACGAUAACGCGGCGAUGGAAAGUAUAGCGCAGGACAUACUAGAGGUCAGCGCCGGAGGCGGCGGCCCGCCGUCCGCGGCCACCGAGGUGGGCGCGUUGCACUUCCAGGCGUCCCAGGUGAUCGCGCGCCUCGAGCAGGCGGUGGAGCGGGAGGCCGACGGCCACGGCGGCACCACGUGGAACAACCCCUCGGGAUUCUUGUCGCAGCCGAGGAAACCAGACGAGAUAUUGGCGUUGAUACAGGAUUUGGUGGUUCACGAGGACGCGCCGCAAUCAGCCGAGGCAGAUUCCAUAGACACGCCAGUCAGUCAAAUCACGGCUCUGCCGAGUCUAACCGAGACGGUGAGAUUGGCCUUAGUCACGCACACCGUUUCAGCUUACGCGAUAGCGCUACCAAAGUCACACGCGCAAAAGCUCGCCGGUCGUCUCGCAGCCGACACGACGAGAUGGCUCAGUCACAUCUUCCGCUUCGUCGAUUGCGCGUCCUCCUUCCACGAGGAUCACCUGGAGGGACUGGUCAGGGUGACGCGGCUCGCCCUACAUCGAAAAUAUCCUCGAUACAUGGAGGAGGGCUUCACCGCACUCGUAUCUCAGACUCCUUUAAUUUACAGCUCCGUUGCUGCACCCUUAGGUGUCGUCCAGCACUUGUGCAGACAGCUCUCUUUGCCACUUCAUUGUAUAAGACCAAUCCCACACAACACCAUGUUUGGCUCGAGGCAUACAAUGGACAUCUCGGCGUUGGAGAGGCGCUUAGCAGAAGAUACUCAAUCCAACAAUGUGACGCCGUUAUUGGUACUAGCCGAGGCUGGUUCCGUACUAACGGGUCAUUGCGACAAUAUUACGCGAUUACGAGCGAUAUGUGACAAAUAUAACGUUUGGUUGCAUCUCAGAGGACAUUCACUGGCUGCGCUCGCGUUGAACAACUCGACGAAAGAUUUGCCAUCAAAGAUUGCAGACAGCAUUACAUUACCACUUGGCACAUGGCUAGGUAUACCUUCGCUACCAGUAGUUACAUUAUAUAGAUUAGCAGAUAUUAAAGGAGGAAGACCUACUCCGAGAGACACUACCCUAUCGCUAGUCUCAGGAUUAAUGGCAGAUUCAUUGUCUAGAAGAUUACCAACUUUACCUUUGUGGGCCGUUUUGCAAGCUCUAGGUCGAGACGGAGUAUACAACAGAUUUAAAAGAUGUUUCUUGGCAGUGGAAGAGUUGUACAAUAAAAUUAAAGAGUUCUCUUGCAUUAGAAUAUUGAGUCAACCGCCAGGUGGUGAAACAGAGUCUUACACUUUAAGCGAGUAUCUCGCAAACAAUCCUGUAAACAAUUUACAGUUAUUCGAAGUUGUAGCGAGCGCGUUAGUUUUCCAAUUUGUACCUGCGCACAAAGAUCUUCAAGCCACGGAGCGCGUGCUACCCUAUUACGAUAAAUUAAACUCCUGGUUGGGACAGAUUCUUCAGAGGGACAUUGACAAUGUACAAAUAGAACUUUGUGAUAUAGAACAGUGCGGUGUCGCGAUUCGCAUCUGUCCGUUGGAGAAUCCCGAUCAGCCACCUACGACCGAAGACAUAGAUAAUCUAGUGACCUGUCUUGAACAGCAAAUAGAAAUAUUACUAGCGACAGUGGAACACAAAGACACCUUCGUACGUUUAGUCUCAGAGAAUGAUUCUUUACAUUUAGUGGAAAUGCCGGGUUGGGCGGGUUUGGGAGGUGUGCGUUACGCUCCACCUACCUGGAUUCACGUUAUGACCGAUCAAGCAAGGGAAGAAUUGAACAAGCUAAAUACGCAAUUGGUCGAAACUCUGCGCAGCACGGACGCCGCGUUUUCCCUUGGAGAAGGCGCAGAUGGUUUGGCCUGUGUACGAUUUGGCAUGGUAACACAAGAUACGGACGUUGCUGAACUGUUAUCCCUAGUCUUGCAAGUUGGCCAGGAAGUUGAAGCUAGUUCUAAAAUGAUGGAUACCAUUUCUGAAGUAGUUAAGAGAGGUAUCGAGACGGCGCAAACCGAUCUCGAGAGGGAAAAUGCGGAAAAAUUAUGGCAGGAAGGUAUUCUUAGGCACGUCCCUGUAGUAGGGACCUUUGUCAAUUGGUGGAGUCCUAUUUCCAAGGAGACGGGCGUCCGCGGUCGUAGUUUAAACUUGCAAGCUGGUAUUGUGGAGAGUACGGAAAAUAUUUAUAAGUAUCACAUGCAACUGCAACCUAAUUUCGCGAACAGCAACGGUUCUGGUGCCAGAACACCGCCUCAGCCACUAGUGCAAACACCAGUCGGUGCUAAUAGUCAAAGCCAUAGUCGAUCAUCCAGUCAUUCUAGCUUACAGAGCGGUAAGAGUAUGCCUCUGAUAAUCAGUGCCAGUUUCCAACCUCAAGUGAAGGAAGAGUCGGGGCAAACAUUGAAGUCGUAGUGAAUAUUUCUACCGUUACGAUGAUACGUCGAGAACACAUUCUUGUUUCCAAGUUGUUGAACUUGACAUGAAAGCGAUAUUACAUUGGAACGCUAAGAUAUUUCCCACCUCCAGGUACUCUUUAUAUCUGCAAAGUAUUAAACUGUAAUCUGUAUAACUUAUUUGUUGGGUAAAACAAAGCGCGCGCGACAGUUUAA